AUGGCGUCACCCAGGUAGCGGGUCUCUUGUAUCGGAACUCUGUUCUCUCUGGCCAGCAAUCGCGCAUUCAUCCUCUGUGUCCGGCUUCCCUCCACUCCCCGCUUCCACACUGUCCGUUAGCAAGCUGUCAGGUUGCCAGGCAGCGCCUCCCUCCUGGAUUUUAUCUCAGACGCGGCUGUUUCCUGCCGGUCACUUCUGAGGGACUGCGGCUUUGUCCCCGCUCAGACCUUCUGCGGGAGGGUCUCACCUGCCGGCCGCCCCCGGGAACGUUCUCGAGACUGUGCUGCUGCCAACGCCCAUAGACCGCAGCCGGGUGCCAGCCCGUCCCAGAAAAAGUUCAUGGGGGCAUGUAGCAGCAGUGUUUCAGGGAUUCUGGAAAAUCACAACUCACAUCUGGCGCCAGGCUUCACCCCCCAACGACCCUGUUCCAGCACCAGCGAAUGUGGUUGUUCUCCAGAAUCCGCUGGGACCUUUGCCCGUGGGGAUUCCUCCCAGAAGGGGAACCGCCUCCCGUGUGACCCCAGGUCCUCGCUCUCUGCUCCUGGGGAUUCGCCCCUCCCAUCAGAGCUCCACCAGAGCCUACCCCUUCUCAUCAGCCCUCAGUCUUCUCCACUCACCACCCCAGCCAUGACCAGCAGCUGCGAGGAAAGGUACUCAACGUCUACCACCAAAGUGCAGGGGGAGCCGGUCACCUGGGCAGGAACCACAAACCUUCUGACUGUCCAGCUCCGAACCUGGCUCCGGGCACUCUUCACUUGGUGGCACCUUUGGACAGCGCCUGCAAUGCACAACUGUGUGCUUAUGACAGUUCUGGAAUCUUUAGGCGGCACAGAUAUCCUCAACAACGGGCAGUGGUUUUCUGACACGUGGAGUAAGAGAUUUGGCAAAGGAAAGGCCAUGUGGAAGGCUCUGGAAACACGUCUCCCUACCGAAAUAGUGGAACGAAGGCUGACAGCAGUGAGCCCAACAUGGGGCUCGAACUCAUGAACUGCGAGAUCAUGACCUGAGCUGAAAUCCGACGCUCAACCACCUGAGCCACCCAGGGACCCCAGUAAUUCUGCACUCUUGAAGAGAUUGCACAGAUUUGCACCGCUAUCGAGGACUCAAAGAGAUACAGAGGUAGGUGUCUCAGACAUCCCCACUCAACUUGCCUACUUGGUUUUCAGGGAAGGCAUAGACGGGCUUUGGAGAAGCAGGCUCUUGUGUGUCAGGUCAUUCCAGUUUCCACUUCUACUCCAUCUGAAGGCCCAUAGAAAAAAACCACCAAUCCCCUUGGCACCUGCUGUGCAGCUCCUGAUUGGUGGGUUUAUUUUCUUGGCUCUUUCUGUAAAAGCCAUCAGGUUCAGUAUGCGGUUAGUUAUCAGGGCCAGUUAUACGCUGUCACUGUCCACAUUCAGGGCCACGUUAUGUCUCCAGCCCUGUGUUAUCAAGGCUGUGGGGACUGUUACUGCCCCUCCAUUACACAAGAUAUCAUACAGGAACGCACCAUGCUGAUUGGAUCUGUGAAACAGGGAGUAGCAACUCUUCUAGGUGCUUUGUAAGAGUGUGGGAAAGAAAUCUCCCCAAAACUCAGGUUCCUGCUGCCUCGGUGAAAUCUCUAGGAGCACAGCUGCCUGAGGCAUGUUGAGAUACCCCACCCAAGGUGAAGACUCAUUGCUCUGUCUCAUCCUCCUGCUAAGGAGACAAAAAUUCACUCCCUAGUGGGCCAACUUGGGAAUGUGGAGACAACAUACAGCUCCCUGGGCUUGCGACCUCCACCCACUUACUGAGUGUCUUGAGAGGCUGUUGGCUUUGAGUGGUGAGAAACAAGAGAAACCCUUGCAGUGGGCCCUGGCCUGAGUUGCAUGACUCAAGACAUGCAUUGGGGUUUGGAGCACCUGUGGCAGAUGAGGUCAACAUCCUUCAGCAGAGAACUAUAUGGAUGAAGGAGGGCAUAGAUUUUAGAGAUUUUGGAACCACACUAUGCCAUUUCUGUAGAGAACUAGUCUCCUUUGUGAAAGACCUUCUGGGGUGCUCCUGGACUCCAGUAGACACAGAAUGCCUGGACAUGAGUCGUCAUAAAGGUCCUAAUGAGUGAAAGAAGGAGGCAGGGGGUCAGAGCCAAAGAAGUGACCCCAGAGCAGGUGGAGUGAUGUGAUGUCCUGAAGAUGGCAGGGAAGAUGUGAAUGGAUUCACUCCUGGGGCCUCUAGAAGGAACACAGUCUGGGGCACCUGGGUGG